GUGUUCAAAGUUCCUCCCCGGACUGGACUGUCGGGCCGGCCGGUACUGCUCAACCGAUACUGAACCGGGUCAUUCACGAUGGGGAUCGUCCGGAUAUUAUUCUCUCUCCUCAAUAACCCGCGGGUCAUCGAGAAGUUGGCUGAAUCCCGCAUUAUACGGCGGGCGGCUCAGAUCACCGCCUACGCGCUGACCAAAGCUCAGAUCGCGGGCAGGGACGCGUCGGAUCGGAUCCUCAGCGCCAGCGCGGUGCGGGGGGAAGCCGGCAGGACCCCCGGAGACACGGGGGAGAUGGGCGCUCUCUUCAGGAGACUGCGAGAAACGUUUAUUAAAGAGCUCAAAGAAGGAUGGAGAAACGCUUCCAAACAGAUCAAGAAAUGAAGACUUUAACGUUCUGCGUUCACUCGGUGGACUGACCAGAGCAAUGGUUCUCCUUCCCUGCACCGCCUCAGGUGGUCUACCGCCAGGCCUCGGACCUUAUGAGAUGUGGGAUAUAAGGGUGUAAAUAAUGACCUCACUGUAAAGUAUGCCAAGCUUUGGUCUUCCAACAGCCAAAAUGAUUGAAACUAUUUAUAUUGUAUAAGUUAUUGCAGUAUUUUCAGUAUGUACAUACAAAUAUACCUUGUGUUAUUGACUCGAUUUAAUUUCUCAUUUAAAUAAAGUAUGUAAUGGUGUUCAGGCCAAAGCCAUAUUGGUGUAAACUUUAA